CUUGUCAGGUUCCUCCUUGUUUGUAUUCGACUCUGUUCUUUUACGUUGUUUAUGUGUUAAAAAUGGCCACACCGAUAUCGAAAAAGAGGAAAUUCGUGGGGGACGGGGUGUUCCGGGCGGAGCUGAACGAGUUCCUGACGCGCGAGCUGGCGGAGGAUGGCUACUCGGGCGUGGAGGUGCGGGUGACGCCGACGCGCACCGAGAUCAUCAUCAUGGCGACGCGCACCCAGAACGUGCUGGGCGAGAAGGGGAGGCGCAUCCGCGAGCUGACCUCGGUGGUGCAGAAGAGGUUCAGCUUCCCGGAGCACUCGGUGGAGCUGUACGCGGAGAAGGUGGCCACCCGGGGGCUGUGCGCCAUCGCGCAGGCCGAGUCGCUGCGCUACAAGCUCAUCGGCGGGCUCGCCGUGCGCAGGGCGUGCUACGGCGUGCUGCGCUUCAUCAUGGAGAGCGGGGCGAAGGGCUGCGAGGUGGUGGUGUCUGGCAAGCUGAGGGGCCAGCGGGCCAAGUCCAUGAAGUUCGUGGACGGCCUGAUGAUCCACAGCGGGGAGCCCACCAACGACUACGUCGACACCGCCACGCGCCACGUGCUCCUGCGUCAAGGGGUGCUGGGCAUCAAGGUGAAGAUCAUGUUGCCGUGGGACCCGAACGGCAAGACGGGGCCCAAGAAGCCGCUGCCGGACAACGUGUCGGUGGUGGAGCCCAAGGAGGAGAUCCUCCCCACGAUGCCCAUGAGCGACGUGAAGGCGGCCAAGCCGGACGCUCCGCCCAUCACCGUGGCCGCUGGUCUCUAACACUGACGUGUGUGCGUGUGGCCCUAAUAAAGUAAACUCUAUUGCUAAA